AUGCCUUUGUGGAGUCCGCCGGUAAAGUCGGCUGCAUGGAACCGAGCAGAAUUUAUUGUUGCUGGUAUAUUACCCGUAAGUUUAGUUGUAUUUGGCACCAUUAGUAAUCUUCUUUCGGUGACAAUCCUAGCCACUAAAGAAAGUCGUAAAAGUUCAACAAACAUUUAUUUGAUAUUUCUGUGUAUUGUGGAUACACUCUCAUUAUAUCAGUGGAAUUUAGAUUAUGCUGUAGCUGAAUUUACUGGCCUGCAAAUUAGUCAGCGUUCAUUAUUUUUAUGUAAAUCAAUUGAAUUUCUUGGCAAUUAUACUUUUCAUGCAUCAGCAUCUUUAUUAACAAUGGUUUCAGUUGAUCGAGCUCUACUAUUAUGGUCACUUCAAUAUAAACGCAAAAUAGCAAAACCCGAGAUAGCAUUAAUUAUUUGCAUUUUUAUUUUUGUAAUUUUAUUCAUAUUGAAUGGGUAUUUAUUGGGCUUAGGCUAUGAAAGGACCGUAUCGAAUGGCACACCUACUAUCCUACAGUGCUAUCAAAGUCAAGAUCGUAACGAUUCUAUGCACAGUAUUAAUAGUGAUCAAACUGGCAAAUGCCCCGCAAAUUCAUCAGUCAAGUUUUAG